GUGCCAGAGGCAGGGCUGCCAGGCCGGCUUUGGGUGGAGUCUUUGACGCUCACGACGCGCUCCAGCGCCCACUUCAACACCCGACCGCAUCCGCUUCUCUUCCCGAACCGCAGUCAUGGCGCCUCUAGGUACCGCGCUUGCGUCGAAAUGCCCGCUGCGCACCAUCAAGGAGAUCCAGUUCGGCCUGUACUCGCCGGAGGAGAUCAAGGCUGCUUCCGUCGUCCGCAUCGAGUAUCCUGAGACUAUGGAUGAGCAAAAGCAGAAGCCUCGCGAGGGUGGCCUGAACGAUCCCAAGCUCGGCACCAUCGACCGCAUGUACACUUGCCAGACGUGCAAGGAAGAUAUCACGACCUGUCCAGGCCACUUCGGCCACAUCGAACUCGCCAUCCCCGUCUUCCAUGUUGGCUACAUCACCAAGAUCAAGAAGAUCCUGGAGACGGUCUGCCACAACUGUGGGCUGAUUUUGGCGGAUUACAACCAUCCCGACUGGGCCGCAGCCCUCCGUAUCCGAGACAAGAAGCGGCGUUUCGACACCAUAUGGCGACUGUCAAAGACGAGGACUACCUGCGAGGCUGAACUGCCCGAUGACGACCAGAAGAAGGGAUCGGCGAAGAUAGCGCAUGGCGGUUGUGGCAACAAGCAGCCCGACACCAUCCGAAAGGAGGGUCUCAAGCUGUUUGCGACCUUCAAGGCAAAGAAAGGCGACGAGGACGAUGGAAAGGGUGACGAGAAGAAGCCUUUGACUCCCCAGGACGCGCUCAACAUCUUCCGGAUCCUGUCCGAUAACACCCUCCAGCUUCUGGGUUUGAACGCCGACUAUGCGCGACCAGAGUGGAUGAUCAUAAGCGUUCUCCCAGUCCCUCCACCACCGGUUCGCCCUAGUAUCUCCGUCGAUGGUACCGGCCAAGGUAUGCGCGGUGAGGACGAUUUGACCUACAAGCUCGGCGAUAUCAUCCGCGCGAACGGUCGAGUACGAGAGUGCAUUCAGGAAGCCUCGCCUCAGCACAUCACCGAGGAGUAUGAAAACUUACUCCAGUACCACGUCGCCACCUACAUGGACAACGACAUUGCGGGCGUCCCACAGGCAUUGCAGAAGUCCGGCCGUCCCCUCAAGACUAUUCGAGGCCGUUUAAAGGGAAAGGAAGGCCGUCUCCGAGGCAAUUUGAUGGGAAAGCGUGUUGAUUUUUCGGCUCGUACCGUCAUCACUGGCGAUCCCAAUCUCUCCCUGGAUGAAGUCGGUGUGCCUCGAUCCAUUGCAAAAAUCCUGACGUAUCCGGAGAUCGUGACAAAGUUCAACAUUAGCUUUUUGACGGGUUUGGUGAAGACGGGCCCAAUGGAUCAUCCUGGAGCAAACUACAUCAUCAAAGGCGACGGGACACGCAUAGACUUGAAGCACAACAAGCGUCUGGACGAUAUUCGACUUCAAUAUGGGUGGCGGGUCGAGCGCCAUAUCAUAGACGGCGACGUCAUCAUCUUCAACCGGCAGCCGUCUCUGCACAAGGAAUCUAUGAUGGGUCACAGAGUCAAGGUCAUGCCAUACUCGACCUUCCGCCUCAACCUGUCUGUUACUUCUCCAUACAACGCCGAUUUCGACGGAGACGAGAUGAAUCUUCACGUCCCACAGAGCGACGAGACUCGUGCCGAGGUGCAAGGAUUGUGCAUGGUCCCCCUGAACAUUGUCUCGCCUCAGCGAAACAGCCCACUCAUGGGUAUUGUACAAGACACACUCUGUGGUAUCUACAAGAUGUGCCGUCGCGACGUGUUCCUCACCAAGGACAUGGUUAUGAACAUCAUGCUGUGGGUUCCAGAGUGGGAUGGACUCAUCCCUCCACCUGCGAUCUUGAAGCCCCGACCCAGGUGGACUGGUAAACAGAUCUGCAGUCUGAUCUUUCCUGAAGGACUCAACCUAGCGCGCCUGGAUGCCGGUGACAAGUCCCCUCUCGAAGAUGAGGGCUUUCUCAUUCAUGGAGGUGAACUGAUGUUCGGUCUUCCCAAGAAGGCGUUUGUUGGUGCGAGCGCCGGCGGUGUUAUUCACAUCAUCUACAAUGAGUAUGGUUGGCAAGCCGCUGUCAAGUUUUUCAAUGCCACCCAGCGCAUCGUCAACUAUUGGCUCCUACACAACGGAUUCAGCAUCGGCAUUGGCGAUACCAUUCCUGAUGCUGCGACCUCGUUGCAAAUCCAGGACGCCAUCACGACGCAAAAGAUCGAUGUCGAGAAAGUCACGAAGUUGGCGACCGAGAACGAACUAGAAGCCCUGCCAGGCAUGAACGUUCGUGAGACUUUCGAGAGCAAGGUGUCCAAGUCGUUGAACUCGGCACGUGACGUCGCUGGUGACAGGACUCAAAAGAGUUUGAAAGACUCGAACAAUGCCAAGCAGAUGGCGAAUUCCGGGUCAAAGGGCUCUGGUAUCAAUAUCUCGCAGAUGACUGCGCUCGUGGGCCAACAGUCCGUUGAGGGGAAACGCAUCCCGUUCGGCUUCAAGUAUCGCUCCUUGCCUCACUUCACCAAGGAUGACUAUUCCCCUGAAGCUCGUGGUUUCGUUGAGAACUCAUACCUACGAGGGUUAACGCCAACUGAAUUCUUCUUCCACGCCAUGGCUGGUCGUGAAGGUCUGAUCGAUACUGCUGUCAAGACCGCUGAGACUGGUUACAUUCAACGUAGGCUGGUCAAGGCUCUUGAGGAUGUUAUGGUCAAGUACGAUGGUACUGUCCGUAAUUCUCUCGGUGACAUUGUCGAGUUUGUUUACGGAGAAGAUGGCCUAGACGGUGUGUGCAUUGAGAAGCAGAAGGUCGACAUGAUCAGCUGCUCUACUUCGAAGUUCGAGGAACGAUAUCGCGUCGACGUCAUGGAGAGCAAGUACCCAAUUUCGCCAGAUAUCCUUGAGCUUGCACCAGAAAUCGCUGGCGAUGUCGAUGUGCAGCGACACUUGGACGAGGAAUGGGACCAGCUUUGCAAGGACCGCGACUUCUGCCGAGAAGGUAUCGAUGACAACAACGAAGACCUUCAGCUGCCGCUCAACAUUGUUCGCAUAAUUGAGACUGCGAAGAACACAUUCAAAAUCAAAGAUGGUGCCCGGAGCGAUCUUCAUCCUAUCGAGGUCAUCACUAAAGUCAAAGCCUUGCUCGACCGGCUGGUGGUCGUUCGUGGCGAUGAUCCUCUCUCUAUUCAGGCCCAGGAUAGCGCGACGAAGCUGUUCAAGUGCCAACUCCGGUCGCGCCUUGCCUUCAAGCGUCUUGUGACUGAGUACUCGCUCAACAAGCUGGCUUUCGAGAGCGUCUUGGGUGAAACCCAGGAUCGAUUCCUCAAAGCCGCCGUCGCUCCCGGAGAGAUGGUCGGAGUUCUUGCCGCACAGUCUAUUGGUGAGCCUGCUACCCAGAUGACGCUCAACACGUUCCAUUUUGCUGGUGUGUCGUCCAAGAACGUGACGCUCGGUGUUCCGCGUCUCAAGGAAAUCCUUAACGUCGCCACUAACAUCAAGACUCCAUCGAUGACGAUUUGCCAAGAAGAUCCCAGUGCCACCCAGCAACAAGCAAAGGUCCUGCGAAGCCGUAUCGAACACACCACCCUCCGCUCUCUUGCCCACUCGUGCGAACUCUACUAUGACCCCGAUAUACAGUCGACUGUUGUAGAGGAGGACGCAGACAUGGUAGACUCGUACUUCAUGAUCCCUGAAGACAACACCGACUACGAACGCCAAUCUAAGUGGCUGCUUCGCAUCAUUCUUGAUCGUAGAAAGCUGCUUGACAAGAGUAUUUCCAUUGCUGAGGUUGCUGCUACGGUUAAGGCGGACUUUGCUCCAAAUAUGGCAGUUAUUUUCAGCGAUGACAAUGCCGACACGCAGGUGCUCCGUGUCCGAUUCAUCUAUGAUACCGUCUUCAAGGGCGGUGAGGAUGAUGAGGAGGACCGUGAUGAGCGUUGGAUGAGGAAGCUUGAAAUGCACUUGCUUGACGAAGUCAGUCUUCGUGGCGUGAAAGGCAUCGAAAAAGCCUUCAUUAGAACCGACGAGCGCAUUCACAUUAAAGAGGACGGUUCAAUCAUCAAAACAAGAGAUGAGCCCGUCUGCCAGGAAUGGAUUCUCGAUACUAGUGGCACAGCGCUUGCCUCGGUCCUUGCCGUCGAAGGCAUCGACCCUUACCGAACGUACUCAAAUUCCUUUGUGGAAAUUCUUGGGGUCUUCGGUAUUGAAGCUACUCGGGCGGCCCUGCUCAAGGAGUUGAAGCAAGUGCUGUCGUUCGACGGUUCGUACGUCAAUCAUCGUCACUUGGCGCUCUUGGUUGAUAUCAUGACUGCACGUGGUGUUCUCAUGGCCAUCACUCGUCAUGGCAUCAAUCGUGCCGAGACUGGUGCUCUCAUGCGUUGUUCCUUCGAAGAGACAGUCGAAAUCCUACUUGAUGCAGCUGGAAACGGUGAGCUCGACGACUGCAGAGGUGUUUCCGAGAACAUCAUGCUUGGCCAGCUCGCUCCAAUGGGUACUGGCGAGUUCGAAAUGGUCAUGGACAACGCCAUGUUGCUCACUAUGAUUGAGGACAACUCCCACGUGCGCGGCAUUGGUGCUGGUAUCGGUGGCUACGCUGAUAGUGGUGCCGCUACUCCGUAUGACCUUGGCUCGCCAACCUACGAAGGUGGCGGUAUGGUUGGUCCGGACUAUGGAGCAUCCUUCUCGCCGAUUUCGCAACCUGGAACAGAGGACCAGGGUGGCUUCAGUGUGUAUGGCGGAAGCGGAUUUGGAGACGGCAGCAUGAGCCCCUACGGAGGAGGACGAAGUCCUGGUUAUGCGCCGACGAGUCCCUUCGGCACAAGCCCCACGUCUCCAGGCUACUCUCCUACCUCGCCUGGAUACUCGCCAACCUCACCAGGCAUCAGCAGCCCUCGCUUUGGCGUCACGUCUCCUGCCUUUGGUGGCGCGACCAGCCCGCAAUACACACCCACGUCGCCGACGUAUUCGCCCACUUCGCCGGCCUACGGCGCCAAUGGCUCGUCGAUAUCUCCCACCUCCCCGUCUUACUCGCCUACCUCACCAUCUUACUCCCCGACUUCGCCCUCGUACUCUCCGACUUCUCCAAGCUACAGCCCGACGUCACCGGCACACCACGUGGGUCGUGGCGCGACCUCGCCACACUACUCACCAACGUCGCCUGCCUACAGCCCGACGUCUCCGAUGUACAGCCCUAGCAGUCCGCAAUUCGGAGGUAGAGGAACCGACAGGCGGUCGCCAACCUCGCCUACUUCCCCCAGCUACAGUCCCACCAGCCCCGUGUACAGUCCGACGAGUCCAAACGCGAACGCUGGUAGCUACUCGCCGACUUCACCGAAGUUCUCCCCCACAUCUCCAGGCCCCGCGCCGUACUCUGCUACGUCGCCGAAGUGGUCGCCUACCUCUCCCACCUAUUCCCCGACAUCACCGAAGCAGUGAUGAUUCACCUCCGUACGCCAGGCGUUCUAUGGGAGAAUCAUCCCGUAAGACUCAAAUCUUGCUUUUUGUAUAAUCAGCGUUUUGCUUGUUCAUUUGGCUAAUUCUUUUUGGUGUGCGCCAAAGUCAUCUUCCGUGACGAAAGACCGACACAGCCACUACCAAAAAAAAAACAUAAACGCUCGGUCCCACGUACCUUUCGCUAGGCCCACGUUAGG